AUGGAUAGUGCGACCAAUGGUCAUGCCCCCAACUGGGAGCCGCUGUUGGAGCAGCCGGCCUUUACCCCAACCAGAAAGAUGCGCGUCGUCUGCAUCGGCGCAGGGUUCUCAGGCUUGAUGGUCGCGUACAAGAUUCAACACGAUCUGAAGCUGGAGGACGAGCUCGACCUUGCGAUCUAUGACCAUAAUUCUGAUGUCGGAGGGACAUGUCCCGGUGCCGCAUGUGAUAUUCCAGCACAUGGCUAUAUCUUCCCAUUCGAGCCGAAUCCGGACUGGAGUGGCUUCUACGUUGGCCAGCAAGAGAUCCUCGCGUAUAUCAAGCGAACCACUGAGAAGUACGGCCUGAAUAAAAACCUGCAGCUCAACACCAAGAUCCUAGAAACCAUCUGGGACGAAGACUCGGGCAAGUGGAAGAUCAAGCUCGAGCAUGAUGGCAAGGUGAUGGAGGACGAGGCCGAUGUCCUCAUCAACGCUACUGGAUUUCUCAACAACUGGGAAUGGCCAGACAUCAAGGGGCUGAAAGAUUUCAAGGGGAAACUGGUGCACACUGCGGGAUGGGAUAACUCAUACGAAUGGGAAGGCAAAAAGGUGGCUGUGAUAGGCAAUGGCGCCUCGGGUAUCCAAGCAGUGGCAACGAUGCAACCCAAGGUCGAGAAACUGGUCAAUUACAUCCGGAACCCGACCUGGAUCGCGGUGAACUUCUUGGUGGAUAAGGCACCCGAGACCUCUAGUUUCAAAUACCCUGAGGAGCAAAGGAAAAUCUGGAAAAACGAUCCCAAGGCAUUCUUCGAGUAUCGGCAGAAGCUAGAACAAGCGCUGAACGGGUUCUUCUUCGCCAUGGUGCUCGACCAUCCAUUCCAGCAUGGCUUUGAAGGCGCCAAUAGAGAGCGCAUGCACCAGUCUUUGAUGUCCGACCCGCAACUAGAGAAGAGAAUGUCACCUCCCUUCCACGCCGGCUGUCGUCGCAUCACGCCGGGAGACGGCUACCUGGAAGCCUUGCAGCAGCCAAACUGCAGGGACAGCUGGGAGGCUAUCGAGUGCAUCACGGAGAAGGGAAUCAAAACUUCCACUGGAGUGGAAGAAUUCGACCUCAUCGUCUGCGCAACCGGGUUCGUCGGUUCCUACAUUCCGCAAUGGAAACUAACCGGCCGCAAUGGGGUCACGCUCGAAGAGAAAUGGAGGGGCGACCCUGAAGCUUUCCUCGGUGCCCAGGUCGACGAUAUGCCGAACUAUUUCAUGGUGACUGGACCGAACAUGCCCCUUUCCCAUGGAACAGUGUUGGGCGCGAUGUGCUGGAUGACGGACUACAUCACGAAGUGGAUCAGGCGGAUGAGUCGCCAGGACAUCAAAACUGUCUGUGUGAAGAAGGAUGCUGUUUCCGACUUCAACGAGUUCGCACAAGAGCUGCUUAGGCGCUCGGUAUGGUCUGGGGACUGUCGCUCGUUCUACAAGAACGGAAAGAGACUCGGGAAGAUAACGGCUCUCUACCCAGGGUCCAUCAUGCACUUCAAGAACGCCCUGGAAGAGAUAGGUUUCAACGGUGAGAACUUCGAUUUCACAUGGUGGUCCCGCAACCGGUUUCGCUGCCUUGGGAAUGGGACAGCCGUAUCGGAUCAGGACGGCAUGGGAAACCUGGCACCCUACAUGUGA